AUGAAAGGGCCUCAGAAUUUAGAAACAAACAGAUUGUCAACUAAUACAAUGAGCAACAGUACUUCAAUAGACGAAGAACAUGUGUGUAAGCUGAUUCUUUACAUGGAUAUACCAAGUAUCAACGUUCGUGUAUGGGAUGUAGCAAUACUUAUUCCGAACUUAAUAUUCAUGAUGUACUUAGUGACCAAGUUUAGUCGUGCCAGAUUAAAACUUCGAGCUGCUAAUAGUCCUAUUUUUUUUACAUUCUACUGUUUGGUUUUAUUCAAUGUAUUUACAAGUAUACUAAGAUGCCUAAUUUCAAUGACACUGAAUUUUAGUAAUUUGGCUGCUGAUUCCAUCAAUAUAACACUUUGGAUUUUAGUCAAAUGUUUCUUUUUGGCUACUGAAAUGAGUGUGGUAGUCUUUGCCUUAGCUUUUGGUCAUAUGGAAAGUAGAAGCAGUAUAAGAUAUGUACUAAUUACAACAUCAUUUAUUUCAUUAGCUUACUCGGCUAGUCAAGGAGCAUUGGAAAUUUUUAUGCCAGACUCCAUUUUUAGAAUCAACUCGAAAGAUUUAAAUUUAUUUGGUCAUGGUGGUAUUGUAUUUUGGUUAAUUAGUUCUGUCAUUUUUACUACGCUGUAUUUGCUCAUAUUGGUAUUGCCUCAAACUAGACUUCGAGAGAAACUUGCAUUACCAGUUAACCGGUCAUUUUAUGUAUAUGUAUCACUUUUAGCACAAUUAAAUGGGAUUGGUUCUAUAGGCUGUGCAUUUUUGUUACUAAAAAUUACAGAAGGACUUUGUAUUGUUGAUGUAACAACGUUUCUAUAUUUUACACUAUUUACACCUCUAGUCUACAUAACAUUUUUGAGCUCAUUCUUUAGUGUAUCACAAUCAAGCAUUAUGUUUUCUUAUAAAGCACAAAACGAUGAUCGAGUUGAAGACGAUACUGUUUCAUUACCUCAUCAACCAUCAUUUUCAUCUUUAAAAACUGAUUCAGACUAUAUUUAUCAGACAGAUAAUAUAUACAACAACACUCGUUUUUCUGUUAGUGACAGACAAAUUGCAAAUCCGUUGUACAAUGCCUCAUUACAAAGUCCUGACAGCAUUACUGGUUAUAGCAUGGAUGAGCAAACUAUUGACAUUGAAGAACAAAAAAAGUAA